UGCCGAUGUGAAGCAGUUCUCUUCUCACAUGUCCUUCACAUCCUGAGCUCUGACAGCAAAGCAUCCCACUGUACUGUAACUAUGGCAGCUCAGGUCACUGAAUCAGACCAGAUCAAACAGUUUAAAGAAUUUCUGGGAACCUACAAUAAACUGACAGAAAACUGCUUCAUGGAUUGUGUGAAAGAUUUCACUACGAGAGAGGUCAAGCCAGAAGAGACUACAUGUUCUGAGAGCUGCUUACAGAAGUAUCUGAAGAUGACGCAGAGGAUCUCCAUGCGCUUUCAGGAAUAUCACAUCCAGCAGAAUGAAGCGUUGGCUGCUAAAGCCGGUUUAUUAGGACAUCCACGGUAAUCAUCUGCUGCUGGACUGAACUCCAGACCGUUACGCCAGGCUCUCUCUAUUCCAGCAUGGAGCAGCGCGGCAGGGCAGGGGACGCAGGCACUGGGAAUAGUGUGAGAGGUCCUCUUAACGUCUGCCGGCUCUUCGGAUAACUGGAUCAUUGGGAAUUUUGGUUUCCCAAAGGACAGACACUCUCAUUUUGACCGUUAUGCUGGUCUUCCGUAAAACACGAAAGCUCUUGAUUGUUUUUAUGUUAAUGUGCUACAAAAUAAAAUAUUAGU